AUGGAACUGCUGUCCACCCCCCACAGCAUCGAGAUCAAUAAUAUCACUUGUGACUCUUUCCGUAUCUCCUGGGCCAUGGAAGACAGUGACCUGGAGAGGGUCACCCAUUAUUUCAUUGACCUCAACAAGAAGGAAAACAAGAAUUCCAACAAGUUCAAGCACCGGGAUGUCCCCACCAAGCUCGUGGCCAAGGCAGUGCCUCUGCCCAUGACAGUGAGAGGCCACUGGUUCCUGAGUCCCCGUACAGAAUACAGUGUGGCUGUGCAGACAGCGGUGAAGCAGAGCGAUGGGGAGUACCUGGUGUCUGGCUGGAGUGAGACUGUGGAGUUCUGCACUGGAGAUUAUGCCAAGGAGCACCUUGCCCAGCUGCAAGAGAAGGCUGAGCAGAUCGCUGGCCGCAUGCUCCGCUUCUCCGUGUUCUACCGCAACCAUCACAAGGAGUACUUCCAGCAUGCCAGGACCCACUGUGGGAAUGUGCUGCAGCCUUACCUGAAGGACAACAGUGGCAGCCACGGCUCCCCUACCAGUGGCAUGCUGCAUGGUGUCUUCUUCAGCUGCAACACGGAGUUCAACACAGGCCAGCCCCCACAAGACUCCCCUUACGGCCGCUGGCGCUUCCAGAUCCCCGCCCAGCGCCUCUUCAACCCCAGCACCAAUCUCUACUUUGCGGACUUCUACUGUAUGUACACAGCCUACCACUAUGCCAUCCUGGUACUGGCACCCAAGGGCUCCCUGGGGGACCGCUUCUGCCGUGACCGUCUACCCCUCUUGGACAUUGCCUGCAACAAGUUCCUGACCUGCAGUGUGGAGGAUGGGGAGCUGAUCUUCCGCCAUGCUCAGGACCUCAUCCUGGAGAUCAUCUACACCGAGCCGGUUGACCUGUCCCUGGGCACACUGGGAGAGAUCAGUGGGCACCAGCUCAUGAGCCUGUCCACUGCCGAUGCCAAGAAAGAUCCCAGCUGCAAGACCUGCAACAUCAGUGUGGGCCGCUAG